AUGAUUCGUUCUCUUCCCCCUUCACAAUAUCUUAUCCGUUUCCCUACAGUUUCUAUUGGCAAUAGAUCCGACAUUUCCAUUUCCCUUCUAAUUCAAUUCAUAUCUAUCUAUCUAUUUAUAUCUGUUCCUAUAUCUAUCUAUCUAUCUAUCUAUCUAUCUAUCUAUCUCUGUCUGUUACCCACUUUUUUCUCUCUCUUUCUCUCUCUCUUUCUCUCUCUCUAUCUAUUCAUCUAUGUUCAUCUCCCUCUCUGUUUAGGCUUGUUCUUAUCUAUCUAUCUAUCUAUCUAUCUAUCUAUCUAUCUAUCUAUCUAUGUCUGUUCCUAUCUCCCCGUCUCUCUAUUUAACUAUCUCAGUCUGUGCAUCUCUCUCUCUACCUAUCUAUCUAAAUCUGUUACCCUAUCUAUCUAUCUAUCUAUCUAUCUAUCUAUCUAUCUAUCUAUCUCUGUCUGUUACCCACUUUUUUCUCUCUCUCUUUCUCUCUCUCUAUCUAUUCAUCUAUGUUCAUCUCCCUCUCUGUUUAGGCUUGUUCCUAUCUAUCUAUCUAUCUAUCUAUCUAUCUAUCUAUCUAUGUCUGUUCCUAUCUCCCCGUCUCUCUAUUUAACUAUCUCAGUCUGUGCAUCUCUCUCUCUACCUAUCUAUCUAAAUCUGUUACCCUAUCUAUCUAUCUAUCUAUCUAUCUAUCUAUGUAUGUCCCCCUUUCUUUUUUUUUUAUCUAUGCCUGUUCCUAUCUCUCUCUCCUCCUUUAUCUCUCUCAAUGUGUACACAUUUAUCUAUCUAACUAUCUAUCUAUCUAAAUACAUAAAAAAUAAAAAUCAUACGAUCUUCAAUAAUCAUGCAGUCCACUUCUUAUUUUUUUUCUACAAUGCAAGACUAAUGAAUCAACAUGAACAUUACCUUAUUAUCUAUCUAUCCAUCUAUCUCAUUAUGAACAUUAUCUAUCUAUCUAUCUAUCUAUCUAUCUAUCUAUCUAUCUAUCUAUCUAUCUCAUACUGUACAUUACCUAUCUAUAUAGGAAAAUUUCUUUCUUUAUCAAUUUCUUUCAUUCAUACAGUUUUUUCUUUAUCAAUUUCUUUUUUCAUAGAAUUUUUUCUGAUAUCAAUUUCUUUCUUUCAUACAGUUUUUUUUAUUAAUUUAUUUUUUUCAUACAGUUUUUUGGUUAUCAGUUUCUUUUUGUUUCAUUUGGUUUUCUUUUUUGUAUUUCUUUCAUUUUUUUUUUCAUACAGUUUUUCAUUAUCAAUUUUUUUUUUUUGUUUUUCAAUAUUUUCAUUCAUUCAGUUUUCUUUCUUUUUUUCAAUUUUUUUCUUUCAUUCAGUUUUCUUUUUUUCAAUAUAUUUCAUUCAGUUUUCAAUUUUUUUUUUUUUUCUUUCUUUUCAAUAUAUUUCCUUCAUUCAGUUUUCUUUCUUUUUCAAUAUAUUUCCUUCAUUCAGUUUUCUUUCUUUUUCAAUAUAUUUCAUUCAUUCAGUUUUUUCUUUAUCAAUGCAUUUCUCUUAUUCCGUUUUCUUUCUUUUUCAAUAUAUUUCCUUCAUUCAGUUUUCUUUCUUUUUCAAUAUAUUUCAUUCAUUCAGUUUUCUUUCUUUUUCAAUAUAUUUCAUUCAUUCAGUUUUUUCUUUAUCAAUGCAUUUCUCUUAUUCCGUUUUCUUUCUUUUUCAAUAUAUUUCCUUCAUUCAGUUUUCUUUCUUUUUCAAUAUAUUUCAUUCAUUCAGUUUUCUUUUUUCAAUAUUUUCAAUUCAGUUUUUCUUUAUCAAUGCAUUUUUUCUUUCUUUUUCAAUAUAUUUCCUUCAUUCAGUUUUCUUUCUUUUUCAAUAUAUUUCAUUCAUUCAGUUUUCUUUCUUUUUCAAUAUAUUUCAUUCAUUCAGUUUUCUUUCUUUUUCAAUAUAUUUCAUUUUUUCUUUAUCAAUGCAUUUCUUUUCUUUUUCCUUCAUUCAAUUUUCAGUUUCAUUUUUUUUAAUUCAGUUUUCUUUCUUUUUUCAAUAUAUUUCAUUCAUUCAGUUUUUCUUUAUCAAUGCAUUUCUCUUAUUCCGUUUUCUUUUCUUUUCAAUAUAUUUCAUUCAUUUUCUUUCUUUUCAUAUAUUUUCAUUCAGUCAGUUUUCUUUCUUUUUCAAUAUAUUUCAAUUUUCAGUUUUAUUUCUUCAUUCAGUUUUUUCUUUAUCAAUAUAUUUCUCUUAUUCCGUUUUCUUUCUUUUUCAAUAUAUUUUCUUUUUUCUUUUUUCAUUCAGUUUUUCUUUCUUUUCAAUAUAUUUCAUUCAUUCAGUUUUUUUUUCUUUUUUCAAUAUAUUUCAUUUUUUCUUUAUCAAUGCAUUUCUCUUUUCAGUUUUUUCUUUUUUUCAAAUAUAUUUCCUUCAUUCAGUUUUUCUUUUCUUUUUCAAUAUUUUCCUUCAUUCAGUUUUUUUUUCAAUAUUUUCAUUCCUUUCUUUUUCAUUCAUUCAGUUUUUUUUUUCUUUUUUCAAUAUAUUUCAUUCAUUCAGUUUUUUUUUUUUCAAUGCAUUUUUCAUUCAGUUUCUUUUUUUUCUUUCUUUUUCAAUAUAUUUCAUUCAGUUUCUUUCUUUUUCAUUCAGUUUUCUUUCUUUUUCAAUAUAUUUCAUUCUUUUCAGUUUUUCCUUCUUUUUUAUAUUUCAAUUCAGUUUUCUUUCUUUUAUUUCAAUCAUUCAUUUUCUUUCUUUUUUCAGUUUUUUCAGUUUUUUCAAUAUAUUUCCUUCAUUCAGUUUUCUUUCUUUUUUCAAUAUAUUUCAUUCAUUCAGUUUUUUCUUUCUUUUCAAUAUUUUUCAUUCAUAUAUUUCAUUCAUUCAGUUUUUUCUUUUUCAAUUUUCAUUCAAUUUCUUUCUUUUUCAAUUUUCAUUCAUUUUUUUCAUUCAGUUUUUAUUUCUUUUUUUCAAUAUAUUUCCUUCAUUCAGUUUUCUUUUUUUUUUAUAUUUCAUUUCUUUUUUCAAUUAUUUCAAUUUUUCUCUUAUUCAUUUUUCUUUUUUUUUUCAAUAUAUUUCUUUUUCAAUAUAUUUUUUCAAUAUAUUUCCUUCAUUCAGUUUUCUUUCUUUUUCAAUAUUUUCAUUCAUUCGUUUUUUCUUUAUCAAUGUUUUCUUUUCCGUUUUCUUUUUUUUCAAUAUAUUUCAAUCAUUCAUUUCUUUCUUUUCAUUCAGUUUUUCAGUUUUUUUCUUUCUUUUUCAAUCAUUCGUUUUCUUUCUUUUUUUUUUCUUUUUUUUCUUUAUCAAUAUAUUUCUUCAUUCAGUUUUUUUUUUUCAAUAUAUUUCAUUUAGUUUUUUUCUUUUUCAAUAUAUUCCAUUUUCUUUUUUUUCAUUCAGUUUUUUCUUUAUCAUGCAUUUCCUUUUCAUUCAAUAUUUUCAUUUCAGUUUUCUUUUUCAAUAUAUUUCAUUCAUUCAGUUUUUUUUUCAUUCAGUUUUUCAAUGCAUUUCUCUUAUUCCGUUUUCUUUCUUUUCAUCUUUUCUUUCUUUUUCAUUUCAUUCAUUCAGUUUCUUUUUUUUCAAUAUAUUUCAUUCAUUCAGUUUUUUUUCUUUUUCAAUAUAUUUCAUUCAUUCAGUUUUUUUUUUUUUCAAUAUUUUUCAUUCAUUCAGUUUUUUCUUUCUUUUCAAUAUAUUUCAUUCAUUCAGUUUUUUUUUUUUCAAUAUAUUUCAUUCAUUCAGUUUUUCUUUAUCAAUUCUCUUUUUUUCUUUUUUUUCUUUUCAAUAUAUUUCAUUCAUUCAGUUUUUUUUCUUUUCAAUUUUUUUCAAUAUAUUUCAUUCAUUCAGUUUUCUUUUCAAUAUUUUUCAUUCAGUUUUUCUUUCUUUUCAAUAUUUUCAUUCAUUCAGUUUUCUUUCUUUUUCAAUAUAUUUCAUUCAUUUUUCAUUCAUUUUUCAAUAUAUUUUUUUCUUUUCUUUUUUGCAUUUCUCUUAUUCCGUUUUCUUUCUUUUUCAAUAUAUUUCCUUCAUUCAUUUUUCUUUUUCAUUCAUUCAGUUUUUCAGUUUUCUUUUUUUUUCAAUAUUUCAUUCAUUCAGUUUUCUUUUUUUCAUUCAUUCAUUCAGUUUUCUUUCUUUUUUUUCAAUAUAUUUCCUUCAUUCAGUUUUUUUCUUUAUCAAUUUUUUUCAAAUAUAUUUCAUUUUUCUUUUCAUUCAGUUUUUCUUUUCUUUUUUUUAUAUAUUUUUUUCUUUCUUUUCAAUAUCAUUCAGUUUUCUUUCUUUUCAAUUUUUCAAUAUUCAUUUUCUUUCUUUUUCAAUAUUAUAUUUCCUUCAUUCAGUUUUCUUUCUUUUCAAUAUUUCAUUCAUUCAGUUUUUUUUUUCAAUGCAUUUCUUUUAUUCCGUUUUCUUUUUUUUCAAUAUAUUUCAUUCAUUCAUUUUCUUUUUUUCAAUAUUUUUCAUUUUUUUUCUUUUCUUUUUCAAUAUAUUUCAUUCAUUCAGUUUUUUUUUUUCAAUUAUUUCUCUUAUUUUUCUUUCUUUUUCAAUAUAUUUCCUUCAUUCAGUUUUUUUUUUCAAUAUAUUUCCUUCAUUCAUUUUCAUUUUUCUUUUAUCAAUGCAUUUCUCUUUAUUCUUUUCUUUCUUUCAUUCUUUUUUCUUUCUUUUCAAUAUAUUUCUUUUUUUUUUUUUUUAUCAAUAUAUUUCUCUUCAUUCAGUUUUCUUUCUUUUUCAAUAUAUUUCCUUCAUUCAGUUUUCUUUCUUUUUCAAUAUAUUUCAUUCAUUUUCAGUUUUUUUUUCUUUCAUUCAAUUUUUCUUUCUUUAUUCCGUUUUUUUCAAUUUUCAUUCAGUUUUCUUUUUUUUCAAUAUAUUUCAUUCAUUCAGUUUCUUUCUUUUUCAAUAUAUUUUCAUUCAGUUUUUUCUUUAUCAAUGCAUUUCUCUUUUCCGUUUUCUUUUUUAUAUUUCAUUCAUUCAUUUCCUUUUUUCAUUCAGUUUUUCUUUUUUUCUUUUUCAUUCAAUUUUUUUUUUUUCAUAUUUUUUCUUUCUUUUUUCAUUUUCAUUCAUUUUUCUUUCUUUCUUUUUCAAUAUAUUUCAUUCAUUCAUUUUUUUCAUUCAGUUUUCUUUUCUUUUCAAUUUUUCAUUCAUUCAAAUAUAUUUCAUUCAUUCAGUUUUUUUUUUUCAAUAUUUGUUUCAUUCCAUUUUUCUUUUUUCAAUUUUCCUUCAUUCAGUUUUCUUUCUUUUUUUCAAUAUUUUCUUUCAUUCAGUUUUUUUUUUUUUUUUCUUUUCAAUUUUUUUUUCAAUAUAUUUCAUUCAUUCAGUUUUUUUCUUUUUUUCAAUUAUUUCAUUCAUUCAGUUUUUUUAUCAAUGCUUUCAUUUUUUCUCUUUUCUUUUUCUUUUUUUUCAAUAUAUUUCCUUCAUUCAGUUUCUUUUUUUCAAUAUAUUUUCAUUCAUUCAGUUUUUUUUUUUUUUAUAUUUUCAUUCAUUCAGUUUUUUCUUUAUCAAUUUUCUCUUAUUCAUUUUUUCUUUUCUUUUUUCUUUCUUAAUCAAUGUAUUUUUUUCAUUCAGUUUUUUUUUUUUUUUCUCUCCAGUUUUCUUUCUUUAUUUCCUUCAAUUUAUUUCUUUUUUCAUUUCAUUCAUUCAGUUUUUUUUUUUUCAAUCUUCAUUCAAUUUCAAUUUUUUCUUUCUUUUUCAAUCAAAUCUCUUAUUCCGUUUUCUUUUUUUUUUUUUCCUUCAUUCAAUUUUUCUUUCUUUUUUCAAUAUAUUUCAUUUUCAGUUUUUUUUUUCAAUAUUUUCAUUUAUUCAGUUUUUUUUUUUCAAAUCAGUUUUCUUUUUCAAUUAUUUCUUCAUUCAGUUUUCUUUCUUUUUCAAUUCAUUUUCUUUCUUUUCAAAAUUUCAUUCAUUCGAAGAAAAGAAAUGCAUUUCUUUUUAUUCCGUUUUCUUUCUUUUUCAAUAUAUUUCAUUGAUUCAAGAAAAAAUUCAGUUUUCUUUCUUAAUCAAUGUACUUUUUCCAUUCAGUUUUGUUUCUUUUAUCCAGUUUUCUUUCUUUAUCAAUAUAUUUCUUUCAUUCAGUUUUCUUUCUCUAUUAAUCUCUUUCCUCAAAUCAGUUUUCUUUCCUCAAAUCAGUUUUCUUUCCUCAAAUCAGUUUUCUUUCUUUCUUGGGAGGCUAUGA